ACUCAAAUAUAUAAAAAUAAUCUCAGCGGGCAUGGACGGAGUUGCAGCAUAAGUGGAAGUUCAAUCGGAAGCUUUGAAGUCUUGAGCAGUUGUACCUCACCCGACAGUUGUUGAUCGUGUGUUGAAAGAUCUCUUUCAUGAGGGAAGAUCCUCAGAGUCCAACACACAUUUCUUCUUCUUAUGGAGCUAGUAAAGAUGAAAAUCCUCAUUAUCUCAGAGCAUCUAUUGGCUCUUGCCAUGAUUUAUGUAAAUUUCGAAAACAACAUUCAAUUGAAACUAAAGCAAGGAAGCCCAUUCGAUUUGUGUUUAUUUAUGUUUUGGUGGGAUUGUUGUAUUCACUCGAUCAUGUUUUAAGUCAGUCUAUAAUGUAUUUGAUAUCGGUGGGAUGUCUGUGUCGAUUUGAGCAUGCGCCGCUUCAUGUACUCGUCAUUCGCCGGACUUCUUUAACUCUGAUUCAAGAUUUGUUGAAGGAUGGUGAUGAGGGGUUGAAGAUUGUAGGCCAUUUUUCUGAUCUCUAUUCACUCACAAAGGAUAGGAAAAUUUGUAGCAACAAUGAUCCAAUCUGUAUAGCUAUAGCUAGGCAAAUGUAGUAUUGACUUUCAGCAAAUUAAACAAAAUUGUUAUUUGAUACAAAAUAUUGAGUA